UUCGCCAGAAGAAGCUUAUUUGGUGUUUACCUUAAGGAAGUUAAAUUUAACAAUGAAGAUUACGUGAGUUUGGAUAGAGAGAUGCAGGACAGCUCGCCGGACCUUAGUCUGAAGCUGCGCCGCGGCUCCAGCGACUCAAGGGACUCGUUUUAUAUGGACUUUGCACAAGGAAUCGACUCGGACAUUGAAGAGGUAGCGACAACGUCAGGAGCAGGGAUACAAGAAUGCACCACAGACGACGCAUCAACUCCCACUGCUACCACAGUGAAGGAUGACACACCAUGCUGGGUGGGUCCCGCCACAGAGCCGGGUCUGCUGCCUUCCCCCGCCUCUCCCAGCGCCGUCAUAGUGAGCCCCGAGACUCUCAGUCACCACAGUUCUCCUCAGCGACAACACCCGGUGAGACCUGCCUCCCGGGCCACCACGUCCACAUCUCGCGGGGGUCACCCGCUCUCCACAUCACUGUCCGGACUUGCACAUCCUCCGCCAGGAUGUGUUAUGUAUCCUCCCAUCAUGUACCACGCCGUGUUGCCAAACAUCAAGCGACCUUCACGUAUAGAGCAACUACAGGUCAACUGGAGGAAGAUGGGCGCGCAAGCUUUGGCCACUACGCUCUCUGCUCUGUAUGGGAAGCUACUGGUUGUUAUGGGGAUUGCCUUCCCUAUGGCUGAAGUAAUCUCCACUCAUAUACCGACGUCUGUGUAUGAGGGGUUUUACCUGUAUCUAUACUUCGGAAGCAUGGCUUUCCUCUUCUACAUGUACGCAAUGCUGUGCAAAGACCAUCCCAACAAGUCCAAAAUACUAGACACUGUUGAUGUUACAGAGAGAGGGAGAGAGACAAGCAACUCAUCAGAGGAGAGUGAUGAGUGUGAGAGUGGCAGAGAGACUCGUCAGAAUUACAUGACUGAUACUGAGAUGAGCACUGUGACAGAACACUACUACAGAGGCCACCUUACAACCAAACCGGUGCCUUUCCAACACUACGGCAGCUUCUACUUGCGUAUGGGCGCUGUUGCAUUUGGGAUUGGCAGCAUGAUCUACUCAGGGCUGGAGUUUGGUCAAUAUUUUGAGCUAGACCAGAGUACCAAGUGUCACAAUGUUCUGCUCGCACUCACCCCAGCUACUAGGAUGGCCUUCAUCUUCAUACAAAUGUACUUCAUCUUCCUCAACGAUGAGCAACAAAUGAGAGUCACCAGACACAGAGUGCUGGCGAGAUUCGGACUGAUGCACAUGAUUGGCACCAACCUAUCUGUCUGGCUGAAUGUACUAGUCCAGGAGACCAAACAUGAGAUACUCACCUUCUACAACCCUGAGAACAACACUAUUGAGUUCAACCAUCGUCAGACGAUGCACCUCCCACGCGACAACAUCUUGGGGUUGAAUACGCCAGGAGAGGCGCUGGCGCUGGUCCACACCAGGGUGACUCGUGGACUCAAGUCUCCCCACCACAUCUACGAAUGUCGGCGCACCAACAUCAUCGGGUCACUGGUGCAGGACGCCAGCCCCUUCCUCUUCCCCUGCACCAUAGAGUACAGUCUCAUCUGUGCUGCCAUACUCUAUGUUAUGUGGAAGAACAUCAGCAGGUUACCACAUCAAGUACAGAAAGACAAGGAUAUCACCCAGUCUCCGCCCAUACACUUCAAGCGCUCGCCGCACCACUACUCAGUGGACUGUGCUCAGGCUCACAAGGGCCUGUUUGUUGGCAUCUUGGUGCUUGUGCUCACGAUCAUCUCACUCAUUCUCUUCUUUGUCCUCAUCUCUCGUCCGGAACUUGUUAAGUUUGCUGUUAUGGAGUUGACCAUCUGUGAGCUGUCCUUGUACGGAAUGACUACCAUCGCCACACUGGUUGGAAUGCUUCAGGUGCGACAGCUGAAGUACGACGGGUGCCGUAACCUAGAGCUGGACAACAUUCUGCUGAUUGGCGCCCAGACCGGGAUGUUCAUCUACAGCACAUUCACCAUCAUCGGAGGUCAUUUCACGCUGGAGGAGAAUACUGCCUUGGUGUUGGCCACAGCACUGGCGUCUCUGCUGCAGACAUUGUGUCAGACCAUGUUUGUGCUGGACGCCUCUCGCAGAUCGUGUGUGACACCGGAACAGAUCCGCCGUAAGCCUGGUCGAGAGAUAGUGACGUUCCUGCUUGUUACCAACCUGGCCAUGUGGGCCAUCAACACACUGGAAAAGUCCCGCGCAGAGAGUCAUCCGAUACAGCUGCAUUUCUACGGUCUCUGGGCUUGGACUAUCAUAACACACGUGUCCAUGCCACUGGCAAUCUUCUACAGGUUUCACUCCACUGUCUGUCUGUGCGAGAUCUGGAAGAGAGCCUACAAGAUGAAGCCUGUGUACAUGUAGGAGCGGAGGGGCCCAGUGUGGUCCGUGUCUGGCUAAACUGUGUUAUGAAGCUCUCCAAGGUAAAUCGACAAUGAGAGUCUUACUUACCGUUUUAUGUUGUUUUAUGCCAAAGUAUUUUUAUUCUAUUUAUUUUAUUUUUCUAAACACUGUACUGUUUAUACCUAUACAGAUUUUCUCUCACAUGUACAAACAGCUGUGUAGAAACAUCAAUUGAGUGAUGUAAUUAGGUAUACGUAUUCAGUGUAACCAAACGAUUCAUAAAAUAGUGUAUCUGGUCCUCAAGAUAGAGUUUAAUUUUUGUGUAACCAGCAUCCAUGUAGUCAUCUUAGAUAAACAUUCUGUAAGAUUUCCUGUAUGAACAUUAUUUUUUGUCUACUCGGUUCACCUCAAUCAGCUGUUUCACUCUAAGUUAAAAAAAAAUUGUGUUUCAAUGUUAAUCUUAUACAAUGACAAAUAAUUUUAAGGACAAAUUUUCUCUCUCUGUUGACAGAUAUUUUUGAAACAACUUCACAAAGAUACACCAAAACAAUCAAGGCACUUCAUAUCUUUUGAAAUAAUAAUAUCGACUAGAUACCAAACUCCUAUAUAGAUAACGACAGCUUUUAUAUUUAACAUCUAUGUAGGAAAUUGUUUUUAAAAUGUUAAACAUAGGAAGCUUAAUCGUUUCAAAGACUACUAGUUGAAUGUUUUAUUUCAAAUCAAACUACUACAGUUAACACUAACUCAAUGAAAUGUAUUCCUAUGGUGUUUUGAGGUGGUUUAUUCCUAGGAUCAGUUACAAGUUGGUUGUUCAUCGUUUUCUUUCAAUGUUCCUAACAUUUGUUCAAUGUUAUAAAAGUGUUCAUGAAGACUGUCAUUUAGCUAUUGUAAUUCAACCAUAGUUCCGGUAGUAGGUAGAUAUUUUAGUUUCCAAUCAAGUUGCUUUUUGCUCAUCAAUAUUGAUAUUAUGGAGUUAAUAACUCAAUUACCUAAAUGUGUGUAUGGUAGUAGGGUAACAAGUGUUUAUAUAGUGUUGAACCAAAUGCGUUUGAGCCUGAAUUGUGUUUCGUAAACUGUUGAGUCUGAAUCUGUUUAACGCUCGCCUGAAUCAACUCCUAAGUGUUCUAGAUGCAAUAUUCUACUCGAGUAGUAUUACAAUGGUUAGUGUCUUUAAAGCCCAUCAUUGCCAUUUUAAUCUAUACUUUUUAUAAAUAGUAGUAUUGUGUGUAAUUUUCACAAGUUUAGACCAAGAGAUUUUGUAUAACUUAUACAGCCUAUUUUUAUCUAAUAGUUCCAUUUUGGUCAUAGAGUUAGAUUACUUAUCAAUAGGGUUGAUAUUUUUACAAUACCAACUAUACCACAAGUAUACAAUUUUCAUAUUUUCUAUUGUCUGUAUAGGAUAGAGUUAAAGAAUUGACUGUCUGACAAUUGUGGUAUAUUUGAUUUCAAAACAAUUUUUAUUCUAAGGAAUAUUUUUUGGUUUCACAAAAGGGGGAUCUUUGGUUGUCACAUAAGUUAGAUUUUCUGCCAACAAAUCCUUGUGUUACGACACAAUCAGUAGCAACAUACCAUAUAACGGUUUUAGGAUUUCAUACUUUGCUCAAAAACUUCAAAGGUGCUUUUGCGGUUAAUGUAACUUUGCAGUUGUUAGACAUUCAGUUCUUUGCUGCAGUUAAUCUCUAACAUAUCUUAGUGUUCAUAUCACCAACUGUCUUAAAUGUGGACGUGGACCAAAACUCGAUGGUUGAUCCCAGAAAUCGUAAUCGUAUAGUAUUAUUCCUUGUAAUCAAUUUAUCUGUUUAUUUUACUUUCUGCUUUAUAAAACUUUCCUUGUAGGAAUGGCAUUGCACCAUUAACAGGCUCUUAUUUUCAUACAGUUUAUCCUCAUAUCUUGGAUCUUUUAGUUAGGAUUAUUUUUAAUAUUUAUUUGUUCUAUUGAAAAAUUACUAACUUUAUAACAUUCAUUGUUACAUUCCCUACUGCUAAUAUUCUCUGUUUAUAACCAAACAACUUAUCACAAAUUCUAUAUUGUAACACAAAACUUUCUACUUGCAACAGAUUAGAUUUGUAUCGCACAAAACAAAAUAUCUUGUCAUUCCUAGAUUGAAAUGUUUAAAAUAAGCCAGUUGUUUAAAUGUUUUUUACAAGCCAUUAACUAUUAAAAAUGUACAAAGAGGAGUUCCUAAUGUGGCUUGCCAAGAACUUAAUAGUUUGAAAGUUGUAUUUGCAAAACUUUUUGGGUUGACAGCAGGUGUAUCUUCAUUUUCAAUUUUGUAAUUAUAAAAUUUUGAAGGUAUGUAAAGAAUUUAAUUAAAAGAAUAGUACCGUACUAGUUAUUUUUAUCAAACACCUGGCGAUGGAUAGGGAAGCAUAAAUAGGAAAUACUUUUUUGAAACAAAAGCUAUGAAAAGAAACGGUUACCAUACCAGGAAAGUCAAGCACUACCUUAAAGCAAUCGUGGCUAAGUAGUGAUUCAACCAGUGCUAACAACAUGAGUAUUUAAUUGGUUAGCCAAAUUUUCAUUCAAAAGCCACAUGGAUGUAAGUAAUAUCUAAUUUAUAUGAAUUUGCAAUUUUUCAAAAUUUCUUUUUAAGAAAAUGCUGUCCCAAACCAUUAAGUUUUGUAAGAAUAACUACUGAUCAUUGUUGAUGUUUAUUUCUCUUAUAGUUAAACUAAUGGUUCGAUUUUCCACUGUCGUUUACGUCCGUCGUUAGUAAAGUAGCAUUGACGUGAGUAGCUGUCAAUAGUUGUCGUCUUCCGAGGGUAAGACUGGAGUACAAAAUGGCAGACUAAGCAGGACCAGCUUUUCUAUUCAAAUGGUUUUAGUAGAUACAGAAUUGAAUCCCAAGGUGAAUUUUGUCCAAUGUUUAUGAUUAAACCAUAAAUUGAACCUAUUUAUUUUCAUAUACAUUUUGGAAAAUAAGGAGGAGUUAGUAUUAUUUGAAACUUGUAAGGGUUGGGUACGGAAAUGUGUACAUAUGACUGAUACCUUCAGAACUAUGAACGUACUCGUUAGACUUUUCCUUCUAUACGUGUUUUGUAAAAUAAUUGUCUUUGAGUGUUUAAUGCUAGACUAUGUGAAUAUUUAAUGAGCAAGAUCGUUGGUAUUUGUAAUGAGUUUUUAAAAGCAUUUUACGGUUUACAAUAAGUGGAUUUUUUUCAACUAGAAAUAAGGGGAAUUUAACACAUUUGCUACCGCAAAAGUACUAAAUUUUUCAUUCAUAUGGACCAGCGACACACAAAUGCGACGGCCAGUUUCCACCCAUAGACUACCGUCGCAUAUUUGUGACACCUGGUCACAUUAAAUUAGACUGACAUCACAUAUUUGCGUCAGUGUCCAAUAUUAUUAAAAAGCUUAUAACUUUGUAACGGUCUAUCUGAAGGCCCUGAAUUCUCUGCAGUAAACUACAGGGAUGUAUGUCGCAUAUGUGAAUCACUUGGUCAGUGGAUAUGAUGAUUAGUGACGUCAUAGCUGGCAAAACUGAUUUUUACUUUGCUGCAUCAUUGGUCCGUGGUCUGCAUGUACUGUUAACCAAGUGUCUAUGUGUAAUAUUAAAAUGUAUACCUCUCGGGCCCUGUGGUAAUGACCGCAGCGUCCCAAAUAUGUGGUGAUUGGUAGCGAAGGUGUUAACAGGCCAGAAGUUCGCAUGAUGUUACAUAAGAUAAUUUUUACAGUUCCUCUUUUACUAAAACUAGUUGCGCUUUUUGUCUUUUGGUGGAAAGCAUUGGACCAAUCCUACCUCAUAAAAACCUUUAUAGUACAUUUCCACAUUACCUACUGCUCCAAUAUAUAUUAUUUCUCUUUUAUUUAGGUUAGGUAUAAACAGUGGAACCUUGAUAAGAAGAUAACAAGUCGUCCUUGAUAACAAGUGUCAUUUUCAAAUCCCCUGAAAAUUAUUUUACCCCAAAUCACAUGUUAUUACAAACCUCAAUAAGAAGUCAACCUUGAUAACAAGUCUUAUUUUACAAUCCCCAUGAUAGUCUUGUUAUCAAGGUUCUACUGUACUCUUAUUUGUAAAACAAUUUUAAUAUUUAUGUACAGUGUAAUAUAUUAUUGAGAUGUUUCUGCAUGUUUUGUAAUAACUGUAUAUUUUAUGAUGCAUUCAAUUUUUGAGAUCAGAUAGGGUUGGUUUACUUUUGUGUAACAAACUGUUUGAUUUGUUCUAGCAGUUGUAGUGUGUAAAAUUGAUAAUAUCUAUUUACUGAUAACAUUUAUUUUAGAUAAUGGCUAUUUCCCUCCUAGACCAAAUGUUCAGGUACCAAAGAAGCAAUGCUGCAUUUAAUGUUGGGUUAAGUGAUGUUGAAAUGUCCAGUGAAUUUUGUUAUGUUAUAUGAGUGUGUAUUGUAUAUUUGAGCUACUUUCAUGACUACUUUAAUACUCGUUAGCAAUAAUUACCAACUUUAUAGUUUAGUGAUUUAAAUCUUAUAUAUUGUGUGCCAUAUUUCAAUUUUAUAAUCAUUGAAUUUUAUAGUUUUACUACGUAGUUAAGUUAAAAUAUUGAAUGUUGAUAUUAGUAAAUUUAAAAAAUGAUUUCACGUUGUUAGUAAGUUUAUUGUUAUUUCAAGAGUUUUAACGCUACAACUAUUUAUUUAUGUUAAAAUUUUAACAAAUUUUUGUUUCAUUGCUAGUGUAAUCAUAAAUAAUUAUUUGUUUACAGCAAUCAUUGAUGUGUACCAAAGCUAAAUCUCAAAUCCAAAUACCGUAACCAUUAUUUGAAUCUGAAGAUAAGCACAUUUAAUUGCGCCAACUAAUUGUUCUAGAACCUAUCAAAAGUUAGUGUCAAAACAUUCUCUUCUGUGAAUCAAUACAUCAAUGUCCUGGAUUGACCAAAAUAAGCGACCUCCCCUACUUGAGCAAAUAUAGUCUUGAGUCUUUUACUCAUACAAAAUUCUAAAUAUAGUCUUUUGCUGUUAAAAUUAAAAGUACAGUAUACAAAUUGAAUUUAAAUGUUAAAACCUGAUGGUUAGAAUUGAAUAUGUAUUCUAUGGAAUUGAGAUUUGAAAUCACUACUUUUGGUUGUAACUAAUAUCGUCUGUUGAUCAUUUUAAAAAAUGGCCUGUUUCUAACUACUAGCUUAUGUGGUUGUGUUUAAUUGCUGUUUAAAUGUUUGUAAUAAAUAUUUGAAAAAAGAAUUAAUGCAAUUGCAAUGGUAAAAAGUCCUCUUUAGUUUCACAACACAAUUUCGUUAAACAAAUUACCUUAUUUAAAAAUGUCAAUCUGUCCUUUUUUCUGGAUAACGGUUUUUCUGGUUAAACCAACGGCCCCAAAAACUCGUUAUGCAACCCAAAUAUUUGACUUAAAUUUAGGAGAGCAUUGUAUUUAGAUACGAGAUCACUAGUCUCAAAUCUUUCCCACGAGAACAGUCGUUUCAGUACCGCCCACUUCCUGCCGAUCUAGUUCAGUUAAAUCGAUGUGCUAAAAAAAAUUGUUCUGUUAAAGAGAUGUCAUUUCCGCCGAGUUUAGUCCGGUUUAACCGAUGUCCAGAUAAGAGGGAGUCUACUGUGUUCUUUCAAGAUCUUUUGAGCCGAGUAUGUCCAAACGUUGAUUUACAUAGAAGUAGUUGUAGUACUAAGGUAAUUACAAAUCAAACAAAUAAACAAGAUCACAGCUUGUCUACCUCCUAUAUUCAGUUAUCAAAUAGAUGCAUAAAUUUAGGCCUCAGACUAAAAACGCAUACUGGAAUUCAAUUAAAAAAUAUCUAACGUAAAGGUCAAUUUCACAAGUGGCGGACCACAAACGUUACCUAUAUCCUCAACAUCCAUGCUUGCCAGGAAACACUAUGUGAAACAUGUAAUUUAUUGUAAUAUGCUUGUUGAUUAAUUACUUGACCAGUCUUUUCACUCUUAUUAAUAACAAGAAUUAUAUAGGACUAUUAGUAUUAAAUUAACCGUACUAGAUUUUAUACCAAACCUAAUCAGUUCAAAAUUGAAAAGACCUUAUCGUAUGCGUAUGCGAGUUUUAAAUUACUGAAUGUUUGAUGUAAUUUUGAGUUUUGACUUGAAUUAUUCUCAGUAGGCAUUAGUAUUUUUACAAAAGUAGUGACCGCAGUUGCGUACAACUAUAUUCUACACUUUGGUUGUGUUAGAUAAGAGAUCAAAAUCACCGUGAUAAAACCUCCUAUUUUUUAUAUGUGAUUUUAUAAUGUAUUUUGUAACAUUUCCCACAAAACUAGUCGAGUACAAAUUAGUUGAUUUAAAAUGAUAAAGAAACAUUCUUGCUUAUCGUCAUGUUGCUAUUUUACCUCAUGAUGGAAUAAUAUGUGAGUAUUAAUAAACUUU